AUGCCCUUUCCCCCAAUUGCUUCGUCCUCGGCGGUGCAACUGAACACAUCGUCUUCCCCUCCCAAGAAGAAACAUAAGAAGGACAGAGAUAUUUUCGACGUGUUCCAUGCGACUAUUGGAGCUUCCGCGGAACCUUCUGCUGAAGCAGGCAAGAAGGGAAAGCGGAAAGUAGGACACGUGUCUCUGGAAGAGCACGCCGUAGCCGGGAGCUCACGUUCAACAUCUCAAGAUGACGAAGAAAUCCGCAAGCCACUCACGAGAAAGGACCUCGAGCUUGCAGAAAAUGCCUCAGUCGAGGAAUCCCUCGAAGCUUCAAGAGUUGAUGCGCGGUCCUCCAAGAAACGGAAGCGGGUUAGUGCAGACCCUGCGCCAAUCCCUGCCAUCCAAGUGCCAGCUGCGCCGUCAUCUCAUUCUGUCGAUAAGGAGAAAAAGAAGAAGUCCAAGUUCGCUGACAAUGAAACGAUUCCUCCUAUAUCAUAUACCUUUCCCUCCCAGGAAUCUCCUGAAGAUGCUCAUGCAGUUGAGAAACUGGCUUCCAAGCGCGGGAAGAAAAUGGACUUGCACGUCCCGUCGGCUCAGAUUCCUGAAGAGACCUCUGCCAUAGAUGUCACUCAAGUAGAUGUCGCAGGCUAUGGUGGUGAUCCAACCUCUGCCAAGAAAGGCAAGAAAACCACGAAGCAUAUGCGGUCUGUAGGCACUGGCGAAGCUUCUUCCGAUCCUCCGGCUGUGGACAGUUCUACGACAACCGGCGAGGAUUAUCUUGAAGCGCCUCCUGCUCCAAGUGGGGAAUCCACACGGAAGAAGAAAGGCACAAGUACAGAGGCCCUGAAGGAACAGGAGGAAACCAUUGUCAACAUUGCCGCCACUGUCCCACAGCUCGAACUCUCGACAACCAUGCUCACCCCGCCGCGUUCUCUCGACCGCUCGAAAGAAACUCCUGCGCCGUCUUCACUACGACGCCAUUCCUUCUCAUAUCGCUCUGUCUCAUCCCCUCGUCUCCCUGCGGGUUCUGAGAUAUCCGAAGUCGCUGUUGAAAGCAGAGACGAAGGCAGCAGCAAUGAGAGCUCUGACAGCGACAGCGACAUGGACGGCCAAGACUCACCACCCGGCAACCUCGAGUCUCUCCUCUACGCACCCCCAAAGGCGCGCAAGAGCAUCCUUGAUCAGAUCCCUUUGUCCUCCGAGUCGAGCUCCGACAGUGACUCAGACGAGGAAUUACCACACGACGAGGACGCCGACACGGAUGAAGAGGAGAAGAACGACAAGGCCUUCCGACGGAUGUCGCGCAAGUUCAACCGCGAAGCGUCCUCGGAGGACGAGCCACAGCCCGACGCUGAACCUGGCCAGGAGAAUGCCUACAGCGACAACUCCAACGACGAGGAGUCCGCCAGUUCUUCUCUUGUUGUCCCAGAUCCCAAUGAGAGCCUCGACAACGCAGACGCCCGUGAGGUUGAGAACGACAUGCUGCUCAAGAAUAUCUCUGCCAACACCAAAGUCACACGGCGUUCUGAUGGUGACGACUCAGAUGGAGAGCAGCCGAAGGACCAUGCGCACCAGAGCGAUGAGGACGAAGGUGACGACUCCCGGGCCGAGGUCCCAGAGUCCCCCCAGAGUAGGCCCUCAGGACCGUCUGCAGUUGCAGGUGAACCCAAUUCCACGGAGAAUCCAGCAGAGGUUGAUCCUCACUCGCUGCAGCCCGACGCAGUGUUAGCGGCCCUCGAUCAUACCAAGGACGGAGAACCAAGAGAGCUGGAUGAGAUAGAAGAGCCUGCAGUCGUUGCACCCGUACAAGACGAAAGCCUCGAGCAAGCAGAAGAGGACGAAGGGGCGCACGGCGGUGCAGAAGUUGCCUUGGAACCUCACGAAAUGUCUCCUGAUAUCGGUCUACCUGAUCAACCAGUCGAAGAGGACGCCACUAUGGACGCAGGGAUCAUCGUCACCGGACACCACACUGAAGAUCCCAACGACCCCAUCGAGUCCUUCAGCUCCGUGGAUGAGAAGGACACGGGCGACUCCAUUGAGGAGUUCGAGGACGACGAAGAAGACCCCGCUCCCGCUUCCGGGCAGGUCACGCCACCUCUUCCUAGCACUCCCGGCACGGUCCACCGCAUGCGGGAUAGGCAUGGGCAACUCACUCCUAGUCGCCGGAAUUAUGCCUCGCGCCUUUCGCAGCGGGUCCUCGGUGAACUAAAGCUUGCCAAAGAGGACGUCACUCUCAGCGGAAGCGACGGGACUGCCCACGAGAUCAUCGACGAUGGGGACCUGGCUCACGCUUCGGUAGAAGGCCGACCCAUAUCUCCUGAGGAGCCGAUCAAGGACUUUGAAGAAGCUCAAGACGAGCAGGAACCGGAGCAUAAGAAAGAAUUGGAGAACGGGCACGAGCAAGAGAAGGAGCGGGAACAAGAACAAGAGAAGGACCAGGACCAAGAGCAGGGGCGGGAACGGGAAUGGGAACAGGGACAGGAGCAGCGUGAAGACCAGGAGGAGCACGAGGGGCCUGUCGUGCCCGACACCAAUGCCACUCAGCCAGCAGCCGAAACCGCUCCCAACGAGAACCAGAGCGAAAGCGAAGUGGACGCUCCCGAGCGGGUCCCUGAGACCCGCCCUCGCCGCUCUACACGUGCCGUCUCGCGCGUCUCGCUCGACCCCUCCCAGGAGCCGCUGUCACGCCCACUCGCGAAGCGCAAGUACGUCCGCCUCAAGCCGGAGGAAAAGGCACAGCGCGAGGCGGAGAAGCAGGCAGAGCGGGCUCGCAAGGCUGCGGAGCGGGAGGCGAGGCGCCUGGAGAAGGAGGCGGCGAAGGAGGCCAAAGCGUCCACGCGCGGGAGGGGCAGAGGCAGGGGUAGAGGGCGAGGAGCCUCGGCGAGGCCAGUGUCCACUAAGUCUCAGCGUACGGUGGAGGAAGAGGAUGCCGAAGACGAUAAGAAGAGCGAAGAUAACGAGCCUUCACAGGACGGCCCAGCCACCGCAAAAAUCUCGUGGACAGCGCUGCCGUCGACGGAACCGCGGGCGCAGACGGAGUCUGUCGGCGAGAUGUCUAUGAUCGACGAGCUGCAGCCCAGCAGUCCCGAGCCCGUCGUCCCGAGCCAGCCGAAGCGGCGAGGACGUCCCCCCAAAGCGCGACCCGUGCCCGUGCCCGAGCACAUAUCUACCCUGGAAGCCCUCAAAGAGAAUGCGAGAGACGCGCAGAACGACGAGGACGACCCUUUGACCAUGGUCACGCCUAAACCAAAGUCGGGCAGGAAGGAGCCGCUGUUCAUUCCCUCCAGCAGCCAGCAGCAGGAGACGCCGUUCGGCCGCUUCGCACCUGCGGACGCCAGCACGCCGUUCCCAACGAUGGGCUCGCGCGAGGCCGGGCUCAAGCUGCCCAGUCAACCCGCCCGGCAGGGCUGGUACUCCAAAUCGUCAUACCCGUCGCUUUCGAACCUCUCCCAGCAGCUGUUCGCGAACACGCCCAUGUCGCAGUUCUCCUCUCCCAUCCACUUCCCCCAGACCCCACGGCAGAGCCAGAGCGCCGCCAAGCCCAUCGCCGAUGAGAAGGAGGAAGAGGACGACGACGACGACGACUCGUCCUCGAGCAGCGAGUCGGACUCGGACGUCGACGCAGGGAAGAAGGCAUCACACAUCCCACGGAGCAGGCGCGCCGCAGCUGUCCUCUUGUACUUUCCGUCGUCCCCAUUCCACCACCCAUAG